AUGUUGACCUUUGAGCACAAGGUGACCUUGUCGAGUCCGAGUGACAACAAUGAAGAGCUUGGCAGUGAAGCCGCUGCAGAGGGGGAAGAAGAAGAGGAGGAGUACGAGUUUAACGAAACGGAUAUUGAGGUUGCCCAUAUGCUACUGGGAGCGGUGAUCUUCGUUGUGUCGCUUUUUUACUUGGUGAAUUGGAAUGACGAUGACAUUCGCUUUUAUGCAAUGAACAUCAUCAGCAUGACAAUGUCGAUUUUCUCGGCCGUCCUCAUGUUCCAAGGCAUCAACGAGCAGAUUCGGCGCUUCUCAGAGAAUCUGACCCACGCACACAGGGUUCUCAUCCAAUUUCUGCACAGCUUUGUCUAUUUGAUCGCGAUGCAGCUGGUGAUCGGCAGCAUCUCUGGUGUGCUUCCAAUGUUAGCGGAAAAGGAAGAACCAGGUCACGGUGGUUUCGAUGAGGAGAAAUGGACGAUUGCGGACGGGUUGAGGUCCGACUACUGCGCUGUCCUGGAAAAGGAGCAGGCAGAGUACGUGCGAAACAAGAAUGGCAAGAAGAGCGUGUGGAUUGACGAAUUCGGAGUGGAGGUUCCCGUGGCUAAGCAGAGGCACAAGCUUGAGAUCGCCAAACGGCGAAUGAGGUGCUGGGCGAUGCUGCUGGCCCACAUGUCCGGUUUUGCCGCAAUCAACUCGGGAGCUCAGCUGCAGGAGGUCGAGGUCUUCCGUGCAACGCCCUUGAUGGCAGUCCUUCCGGGAAUCAUCAUGUUCUUCAUCCUGCAGGUCGUGUUCUUUUUGGCCCGUGUCUUCCGCCAGAAAGCCAUGGACAGAAGUGACAAGCUUCGUGUCGGUCUCUGUAACGAGACGGUCGUAGAGGCAGAAAAUGACGUGUCCUCGCUGUCACUGUCCUUCUUGGUGGUGCAGGCUCUGCGUUUUGCAGUGGGCGGCGUCUUGCCCAACGCCGAGGGCGAGGAGGUUCCUCUCGUGACGCACGGCUGGAAAGAGAUCGGAAUUCUCUUUGCACUGGCUUUCUUUCUUUGUUUCAGUGCCAUUGUGCUCUCGCUGAAACUGAUGAAGGGAGAGACCAGCGAGGAGGAGAACGAGGAGGAGGAGCCACUAGGUGAUCGUAUGGGCCAGAUCCUGUGCAACUUCCUCGCGAUGUCUUUUGCGUGGCUGGUUCUGUUUGGCUCAAAGUGGGUGGUGCUCAAAACUGCCGUGUUCAACUUCGAGACCAUGAUAGGUCAAGUUGUAAUGGCUCUCGUCCUGUCCAUCGUCUGUGGCCUCGCGGUCUUCUUGCUGGAUUUCAUCGAUGACCAAACAAGGGGAAACGGAAGAAACGAUGGAGCAAAGGCGAUUCGGGUGAUCAUUCAGGCCAUCGCCAUCCUAAUCGGUUUCUCUUGGGAGCACUGCUUUGAUGCUGGUGUCCUGGCAGCGACGAAGACCGCUCCGCACAAGAGGGCUGCCAAGUUCGUGAUGGGCCUCGUCGUCUUCUUCUUCCUGGUGCCUGCCUGGCGAAGGCACAUCCUGACAAAGGUUAUGGCGUACGAGGAAAUGAAGAAGCAGAGGGCUCAUGUCAGCAAGAAAGCGGCCCGCAAUUCGAAGCGGGAGAAAAUCAAGUAUGGUCUGCUCGCAGAGGCUUCCCCUAGCCCGCGUGAGCUUCAAAUUACGACAGAAGUGAAGCUGCCGGUUGGUGGUGGUGGCGAGUACCUGACACCACCCAAGAAUGAGACAGUGAAAGUCUGGGGGCUGGAAGGCAGCAGCGAAUGGGUCUGGGCAAUGUAUCGAGGAAAAGGUGGGCUUCUGCCGAAAUCAGCCGUGGAGCAGAAAUGA